AUGAAUUUUCAGCACAAAGGAGAUGGUGACAGCUUGCAGUGUGGCUUUCAAGGAGUGAACUCCUCAUCUCCUCCAAUCCCAAAAGUUCCCAUUCCUAUGGAUUUUCCCUGGGAAGGAGAGAGUGAUUUGAACAUCAGAAGGGGAAUGAUUCAGUACUUGAUUGCUGGUCCAUCAGAACAGCAAGUGAAAAUGCCUUGGUGUUUUCAUCUAGUGGGAGAUCAUGGUAGGGAAGCACGGAGGGAAGAUGAUAGCAGAGUUGAUCAAGAAACUCAAGAAAGUAAGAAAAAGAAUGGUGGAGGACAUACAAAACUUUGUUCCAGAGGUCAUUGGAGACCUUAUGAAGAUGCUAAGCUGAAAGAACUAGUUUGUCAAUACGGACCUCAGAACUGGAAUCUGAUUGCUGAGAAACUUGAAGGAAGAUCAGGAAAGAGCUGCAGAUUGAGAUGGUUCAACCAACUGGAUCCAAGAAUUAACAAGAUGGCUUUCAGUGAAGAAGAAGAGGAACGGCUCUUGGCAGCUCACAGGAUGUACGGUAACAAAUGGGCUAUGAUUGCAAGGCUUUUUCCCGGAAGAACUGAUAAUGCAGUCAAGAAUCACUGGCAUGUCAUCAUCGCCAGAAAACAGAGGGAGGAAAAUAGUGUAUACAGGAGGAGAAAGCCCUCUAGUUUUCAAGCAUACCAUAAGGGAUUUACAGUAAAUACUCUGCAGAAUAGUGCAUGCAAUGGUUCAGAUGUUUCCACCAAUAAUAGGGAGGAAUCUGCCUCUACUUGCACUGAUCUCUCUCUAACUCCAUCUUCAAACAGAGUCUCCCCUGGCUAUUUCACUAGCUCUGUUUCUGCAGAAAAAUACCAUUUUUUGGGUCCUGAUUUGAAUCAAGCGGCAUCAUCAGGAGAUGAAAGAAAAGUGAUGAAAACAAGAAGUGCUGUUCAAUAUUGUCAGUUAAACAACAAUGGGCCAAUUGCAAAGGCAACAGUUACCAUAAAUCCAUCUGCUCAGUCAGAUUCAAGCUCGGAACUUUCUGCAUCAGAGUCAGUAGCGAAUAACGCCAGCACCAGACUCCUCCUCUUGAAUGACAAAAUUGAGAAUGGAAUUGAGAGCUACAAAUUGCCAUUUAUUGAUUUUCUUGGAGUUGGAGCCAGAAAAUGA